AGCAACGGGUGAUUUUUGUGCACUGUUGUGAAAGACGUCGAGUUUGUUGGUGGAUUUUUAAAUUAAAACCGUGAAGUGAAUUUAAUUUCAAGAUAUUUUUGGAAAAAAGGAUUUUUUGAUCAUCAAUAUCUACUAAACACCUCUCUUACCGUUACACAAUGAACGGCGAAGGGCACCUCCGUUUCCUCGAUUGGGAUCUAACCAAGAGCAAAUAUGCCGAAACCGACUCUCUACCCCUUAUGGCCACCCCUGGACCAGUGUUGAUGAUUCUAGCUGUCUACUUGCUAUAUGUUUUGAAAAUUGGUCCCGCGCUGAUGACGAAAAGGGAGCCUUAUAAAUUAAAAGCCGCAUUAGUGCUUUAUAAUGGCGCUCAAGUGAUAGGUUCCUUUUAUUUAGCGCAAAAGUGCUUUAAACAAUUAAUAUAUCAAGGACUUCUACCAAAGACGUGCCAUAUUAAUAUUGAGAGCGAAAGAGAAGAGAUUCUCUUCACCAUAUGGCUAUAUUUCGCCGCAAAAGUAUCUGAGCUCUUGGAUACGGUAUUCUUUGUGUUACGGAAAAAAGACAAUCAAAUCACAUUCCUCCAUUUAUACCAUCACUCCAUUAUGAUGGUAGGAACUUGGGCCUACUUGAAGCACUGGCCUUCAACAACGCUCUUCUUCAUUGGCUUCUUGAAUUCAACGGUCCAUGUCUUCAUGUAUACGUACUACGGACUAGCCGCUUUGGGUCCUGAAGUCGCUAAAUAUAUAUUUUGGAAAAAAUACAUUACUAAAUUUCAACUGGUACAAUUUGUAUGUAUAAUCAUACACUACAUCUUGGCAGUAAGACAUUCAGAGUGCCCGCCUUCUAGCGGAGUAGCCACAUUCAUAGCCUGCAAUACAGGCUUCUUCCUUUUACUCUUCCUGAAUUUCUACCGACAAAGUUACUCGAAGAGAAACAAAAAACUAUCCAACGGAGUGCCCUGUUUCCCUCAGACGCCUACAGAAGAAUGUGUUAAUAGUCAAAAAGUUAAAUAACUUUUUUAAAGUAAUUAAGAAUAGUAAACAAAUUGUUAGAGAAGAAAACACAAAUUGUAAGCGUAAAAUUGAUCUGAAAAUGAUCUUAUGAUAUUCAUAAGUUGGUCAAAAUAUUACUUAAAAAACUGUUUUUUUACGUAAAAUAUAUUGAGAACAGAAAAAUUUACACCAAAGACUUUCAAAAUUACUAUUUUAAUUAUGAGAAAGAUGCAAAAAUGCAUAUCUACAGUUUUAUGUCUAUGCAUAGACCUACCUAUAGUUUCAGGUUUUUAUGUAUAUUAUUAAUAAUUACUGAAAUCUGACAAUAAAGUUAUAUUUUAUAAAAAAAAGAAAAGAAAAUCAAGAUUCAGAUCAAGAAAAAUGGUAUAUAAUAUACCAUACGGUAUAUAAUAUUCAUUUUCGAUGUCUAUUCUACGCUUUCAUUGAAGUAAUGCGAAAUACUCUUAAAGGAAGUAUUGCAUAUACUACAAAUUAUUUGGUUUUAUGUUAUAGUAUUUAUUGUAGAAUUAGAACCUCUGUCAACCGAACCUUGUUAAGUCGAAAAGGUACCUCAACCACACAAACGAAACAUAAAACUUUUCUUUUUUUCAAAGCCUCCAAAUCUGAACACACAACAUAUCAGGAUGUUAAAUUAAUACCUGUAAAUUAUAUAAAAAUAAUAAAAUCACUAUGAAUUGUUAGAUCUAAAAAAGAUACAUUAGAAUUAAACAUUUUUAUCUCAGUGUAGAUGAAGAUCUAUAUACUACGAAGUUAAAACAAGUAUGUAAUUAACAUCCCAACUCAAAUAUUUAUCUUACAAUCAAUCUAAGUUGAACGGAUGAAAUUUAGUAAGAAGCUUAUUUUUUUUUCUUUUCCUCAAUUUCUUCUUCUUGAUGAAGCAAGGUUCUACUGUAUUUUAGAUAAUUUAUUCUUCUAGCGUGACUAUCGUUAGUGUCUCUUUAUGAAGUAGUGCCAAUUAAAAUACAGAAAACUAGCGAUCACCCGCGACUUCGCCCGCCGUCAGACCUCCUUGAUUUGGUUGAGCGGAUGUCUUAACUACUUCCUUGCUAUAUUUCAACUUGUAAAGCAGUUUUCGAGAUUUCGUGAUGAGUGACCUUUCGCUUUUGUACAUAAGAUUGGCAAUAUAAAUAUACUCAGAGGCACAAUAAUCCGCCCAGUUUAAUAUGAAGCGAGUAUAUUAAAGUGGGCGGAUAAUUGUGCCUCUGAGUAUAUAUAAAAAAUAGAGUCAAUUGAGGGUUUGGACCUUUAAGCCUGCCACAACGGUUCAAACAUCAUUAUUACCUAUACCCAACUUUUAUAAAGGGCACUACACGGUGGGCAGUGUGAUAAUUUACUUUAAUAGGCAUUCAUGUAAAGGGUAAUUUGAACUUCUGUUAUAUUUUGCUAUAUAAAAUAAAUGCUAGCCACUCACCAUCCAAUAAGUUCACGUACCUGCAGCGCUUACGGCAGGACAUCCGAUAAAACUGAUCGUGUGUCGGUCGCUUAUGGAUUAUAAGAUACCUAACUUAUUGAAUGGUGAGUUUCUAGCAUAAUAUCUUUAUUGCCUUUGCCCACGUCUCUACCAUUCCUUGUCUUUGUUUAUAGAUAAAUAAUGUAAAUAUGGAGUUAGUUCUAGUGAUAAUGAUAUAUAGUAAUAAAUUAUAUUAAAUCAAUACCUAAAGUUUGUUAGCUUAUAACCGUUAGGUACUUUUAAUAAUGUCAUAACUUUUAUAGUAUCAAAAACCUAAAAACAAUAGAAGAUAAUUAAGACGGACUAUGUACCUAUUUGUUAGCUAGUGAAUAUAAUAUCUUUAAUGUAUAAUUAUUUUAAUGGACUCUAAAAAUUAAAAUAAAAAAAAUAUAAUUAGCACGGAUGUGUGUUUAUGUUUUUUACAAUGGUGCAAAAAUAAAUUCAAAUUUUUAUAUUCAUCAUUAAUAUAAUGUUUAACUCGAUUAUACCUAAAUAUGUAUACUAAGAAAAUGUACCUAUCUUAUACAUGUUUUGUAUUAUGACAAUUAAUCUAAUUGUCAUUAUUAAGGCACUUAAUUAAUAUUUAUUUAUUGCAAACAAUAAAUUUUGUGAUUUAAA